ACGCUGUCAUCUGUCUGUCAGUUGCAGAGACUAUUGGUAUAUGUCGUAGCUUCCAACACAAAUAUUAUCGUUGUAGUAGGUGUAUUACGACAGCAAGAUGUGUGCAUGGUUCGAAAGAUUAUGAAGUUUAGUGUUUCGUGAAUUGUUUAUUGCAAGGGAUAAAGACUCGGGUCGAUGUGAUGGCUCCACCACCUGUGGUUACUGGUAUUUCGCCCAAGGAAGGGCCACCCGGUACUCGCAUCACCAUUCGCGGCGAAUUCCUUGGAAGUUCGCUGCAGGACCUUAUAGGUCUUACAAUAUGUGGAUGUGAUUGUAUUCUCUUGGCAGAAUGGAAAUCACCAAACAAAAUAAUUGCAAGAUCUGGUGCAUGCAAAGGAAGAGGUGAUAUAAUUGUGACUACACGUAGUGGUGGCCAAGGAACCUCAACUGUGCAGUUCAGAGGUUAUCAUGAAACAAUUGGCCCACUGAAGGAGUCAGCGGUAUGGGUCGAAGAGGCCCCUAUUCAAAGUUACGUAUGGGGUCGCAGAGCAUUAUCACCUACUAAUCAACAAGAUGAUCUUCUAGGCAUUAGUGUUGAAGAAAAUGAAGGGAAAAAAUUUCCUGAAGAUGAAUUAUUUGAAUUAUUUGGUGAUGCUAGUAGCGACUUGACUAGUGAGAAGUUUCACCCAGGAAUGUUUUUGCUUCAGAACCAUCAUGCCACUUCGUUUGAUGAUCUCAAAGCAGGUCUAUCGCAUUUGCAGCGAAAAGUAAAUUCUCAAAAAGAAGGCCAAUUAUCUUUUUUAAAGGCGAAUGUUGGUACUGUUAUGGAACAAUUAGAUACGUUGACGCUUUUGAAAGAACAAUAUGAAUCAGACAUAGCAAAAUAUGGCAAAAAACCAUUAGAAAAAUUAGAAGGUUCUAUAAAAAAAUCGAUGGGAGAUGCUAAUCAAUUAUUUAAUGAAGUUUUAGCUAGAAGAGAAAGAGCAGAUGCAACUAGAAAUGCUUUAGCUGUCAUGCAAAGGUAUAAGUUCUUAUUCUGUAUGCCUGUAAAUAUUGAGAAGAAUAUGAAAAAUGGAAACUAUGAUCUUAUUAUUAAUGACUAUGCACGAGUAAAAAAUUUAUUUAAGAAUACUGAUGUUGAUGUGUUCAAAAAAGUCUUGAGAGAAGUUGACUAUAGAAUAGAAACUCUCAGAGAUGUGUUAAAGAAAAAAUUAGAAGAAGUUCCGUUCACGUUAGAAGAUCAAAAAAAAAUUAUAAGACAUCUUAUCAACUUAGAGACUGAUGGAGAUCCUGCUUGGGAUGCAAUAGCAUCUCAUGCCAAUUAUUUAAAAAAAAGUAUAGAGGCCUGUACCAAUGAAUACCUUGGAACAGAAAAUAAAGAAGAUGGUGGCAAAGAAGUAUAUAUAAAAACUGAUUCAUCGACUCCUCUGUCUGUCAGACAAUUUAAAUUAACAAAAACAGAAGAAAAUAAUGCACCUUCUAAAGUUUUGUGCAUUGAAGCAUUGUGUGAUAUUGUCAUGGAGCAGUUACCAGAUUUAUGGAGAUUAGGGCAAUGCUAUUUUACUGGUCAGCUCCAUGUAACAGUAGAUACAGAAAAACAAGAACCAUUCAAAAAUCUAGUUUUGUCAAACAUCAGACUGGCUGUAAAUUCUAUGAAGGCUACUUGCGAUGCUUCUCUGACAGCUCCAUGGCUUUUACAUAAUCUGAAAUGCAUACGUCAUUUGUAUGCAGCUCUUAUUCAUUUAGAUUUACCAAGUGACGCGUUAGACAUAUUUGGAAAAUUCAUAUUUGACUUGAGAUCUCAAUGCCUUGUUGGAAUUCUUAAGCAGACUGAAGAUAAUGUAAUGCUUUUAGCCCGUAAAGAGACAUGGGAAAUUGAAUAUUUGGACAAAAAUGAAGGCGUUACUAAACUGCCUUCUCAAUUUGAGCAAAUGGUUGUUGAAUCAGCUAAGCUUGCUCGUGAAACAGCAGUGGAGCGUGGUCCUAGAGAAACAGCUCUUUUUGAUGAAGCCGCUCAGCGGUUACUAUUUCAUGAAGCUAUCAAAAAAUUAUUCCGUGCUUUCACAUGUUGCCUUCGAGAAUUGGCAUUCAGUGGCAGUGACGAUGUUAUUGACGAUGAAAUUACAACUGUUUCACAUCUAACUGGUUCACCGUCACCUUACAGAAUCAGAGAUAGCAAACUUCAUGGCCCAACCGCAGAAGAGUGCCUUCUAAUAUCUUUAAGCAACAUUCAUUAUACACUCAAAGUGAUUCUUCCACAAUUGACAGAAAAUUUGAAAGCACAAGAAUAUCCCGACCUUACAACAGCUAUUGGCUUUAACACAGAUUGGACUCAAUUAGAAUCAUUAGAUAAAGCAGUAUUAGAAGCUUACUUAGAAAGGCGAAGUGAUCCAUUGAUAGGUACGAUCGAGCCCAGUAUGUAUGUGGGUGAUUUGGACUGGGACUCGGAUUUGCCGGCACGCUGUGUAAAGCCUUAUACUCAAGAAAUAGUUGCUAAUGUUAUUACAGUUCAUGCUGAGGUUUGUCGUAUUUCUCCUCGCUUAUUGAAGAGAGUACUUUCUCAUAUUGUUGAAAAUAUCGCCGAAGAAGUGUCUAGAGUAUUUUCUUGUGUCAAAUCAUUCAGCCACGAAGGAGUUGUACAAGGUCGCACAGACAUUCUUUUCUUAAGAAAAGCUCUGGAAAGUUUUAGUUCUCAUAGAGCCAAAUGUUUCUUUGACGAAGCUUUGAAUUCGAUACCAAAAAUAACAAGAAAAGACGAUAUCGAAAAAAUUGACAUACUUUUAACCAAAGUGUAUUCUAGAAUGCGCCUGCAACUGUCAUGUCUUAAGGAUUCAGUAGAUAGUCGCGUUGAUGUUGAAAAUUUGAAUAUGACUCGUUUAACGAUUGUAUAGUUUUAUGUAUAUAUUGAAGCAUAUGUGGAACUUUGUAAACUUUCCAAGUGUACGAUGGUGUAAAAUUAUCCAAAAAAGGAACCAAUAUUAAAAUAUAGUUAUAUUAUAUUUAUACACAUUUA